AUGGAUAAACCCAAGUCUAUCGGGAAACUUGAAUCAUCUUCGCAGACAUUGGUGGCGUCAAUUUGGUUAAAGUUAACUUGGAAAGACGAAUAUUUGGUAUGGAAUAAGACUGAUUAUGAUGAGAUUGGUCGUGUUGUAAUCCCAGCUAAAAGAGUGUGGGUUCCUGAUUUAUAUUUUUCUAACAGUGUUUCUAUACAAUCCGGCAUCUUAACACCUGGAGAUGACAAACUUUCUGUUGACAGCAAUGGUACCUAUAAACAGCUAAUAUUUCAGAUUUCUUUAUCAAGAUAUCCAUUAUUUUAUGUACUGACUACCAUUUUACCAAUCUGUCUGUUAGCGUUUUUGAAUCCUGUUGUUUUCCUAGUUCCGGCUGAAUCAGGAGAAAAGAUUUCUUUAUCAGUUUCCAUUCUCCUGGCCUAUUCUGUCAUCCUGUCUGCGCUAUCAGAAUUGUUACCAGAAGUUUCAGAAAACAUUAGUAUUUUAGGCGUCUACGAUUUUCAUCCUGCUCCUGUAGCGUUACAAAGAGAUUGCACAAGAGAUUAUUUGACAGCUACAAUCCUGAUGUGA